AGUCGGGGGUGCAGCGCAGGGGCUGUCAGUCACAGCAAUGGACUUUGGGCACCGGGUGUAGGCAGAGCCGGGCGGCUCCGCAGGCGUCAGGGCUCAUUAGUACCAGCAUGUGAAAUGCCAUUAGCGGGACUGCAGGGGGGCCUGGGCAAAGCCCGCUGCCCCGGCUGAGGGUGGCGACACGGUGCUGGACCCACCCUGGCCCGUAGGUCACACUGGGGAGCAGGAUGGGCUGGAACAGCGCGGUGCUGGGCUCUGGGACUACCGGACCGAGGACGCGAGGGGACAGAGAAAAGUGCCAGCCCCACUGUGUCUGCAGGACGCGUUGCACCGCAGAGCUCGCAGCGCGCAGCCCGCUGCCGGCCGAGCAGCCGAGCCCAUCGCACGCACCCUGCGGCAGACCGCACCGCAGACCCCGCGUGCAUCCCUGCUGGGGGGGCUCCCCCGGCCCCGGGCCAGAGCCGGUGCUGGGAUGCGGGCAGUGCCGGGGGGUGAAGCGCGGAGCAGCUUCACACCACCGGGGUAAAAAUCCUCACCCGCCUGUUCAAAGGACGGCUGCCCUCGCCCCCCGCCUUUGAAGUGCUGCCGACGCCGGCCACGGAGGUGCCGCUUCACACCUCCGGCCCGGCAUAAAGCCGGGGCUCCGGGGCCGGCGGCUCUCAGCCCUCAGCCAUGGCCCACCAGGCAGCUCCCGGCCUCGCGCUCCGCACCGCGUCUCCGCUGCACGACUGGGGUCUCCCCGCAGUGCCUGAGCCCGAGGGCUACAGCAGCAGCUCGCCGGCACCCUCACCCGACUCCUGCGGCCUCUCACCCCCUGCCAGGGCACCGCGCCGCGGUCCGGCGGGCAGGAGGGGAUCAGGGGCGGCCGGGGGCUCACGGCAGAGCGCCAGCGAGAGGGAGAAGCUGCGGAUGCGGCGGCUGGCGCAGGCCAUGCACCGGCUGCGGCACUACCUGCCGCCCGCGCUGGCGCCUGCCGGGCAGAGCCUCACCAAGAUCGAGACCCUGCGCCUCGCCACGCGCUACAUCGCCCACCUCUCGGCGCUGCUGGGCCUCAGCGAGGAGGUGCUGCUACUGCGCCGCGGGGCGGCCGCCCGCCGCUGCCCGCUCUGCCCCGGGGGCCUGGGCUGCUGCCAGCCCCCGCAGCCCCGGCCGCGCUCCCCAGCCCCGCAGGAGAAUUCGCCCCCCGGCUCGGAGGGUUGGGGGACCCCCCCAGAGCUGCGCGGGGCUCUGGAUGCGGGGACGGGGACCUGGGGGUCGCUCUCCAACGGCCCCGUGUUGGAGACCCGUCCGCAGCUGCGCGUGGUUCCUGACGUGGGGAUGGGGCUCUGGUCACCACCGUCCUACAGCCCCACCGCGGGGACCCCCCCGGAGCUGCACGAGGCUCUCGCCUCCGACGUGUCCUCCUGGCCAUUCUCUCCUCACUGUGCAGUGGCAGGGACCUCUUCAGACCCCCCCAGUGACCCCAUCUUCGACACAGGGCUGCUGCUGCCAGACUUUGUGGAUGCAGAGAUGGUCACCCAGGACAUCUCAGCAGAUCUGCUCUCUCUGCUGGAGGCUCUGCUCCCACCGCAGCCCCAGGACUGAGCCACGCACCAUCGGACGCCCACGACUUGCAGGACCCAGGGAGACGUGUGUCCCCCCUUGGACAGCAAGGGGGUGGUGAAAGCAAGGUGCUUGGAGCCCGGAUCCAUGCUGGCUGAGACUGUACAUAAUAUACUGUGACUGUACAUAAAUAAACCCCUUUGCCCACUC